UCCCCGUUACACAGUUUUGUUUCGUCCACACUGCAGACUUGCUGCUGACAUAUAAGUUGCAGCUGCGUUCAUAAAGUCAUAAAUAAGAACAAAAAAAUUGUUAAGAGAAAUCAAAAAGACAAAGGUCCACGUAGGCUACAUUGUGGUAAUCGCUUUACUAGCUGGUGAUGUUGAAUUAAGUCGUUGAGGUGGACAAUGUGAGACUGGAUUAUAAAUUAUGAGGAUUUUUGUCUUUCUCUCUGAAGAACAUUUUUCUGAACCAGCAGAGAUCGAAGUUAAAACAUUUGUGGAACGUGUCCAUUCCUUGGCCGGAAGACAGAUUUUCUUCUUCAAACACGCAACUCUGAACGAAAACAGGUGAACUUCCAAAACCAGACAGCGGCUGAACACUGAGGACAUGAUGAACGUCACUCCCACAGCAACUUUAGCCACGACAAAUGCAACUGAAACAUGUGUUGACAUUAAGGAUAAUCCUGUCAGCAAAUUCCUGAUGAGUGUUUACAUCCUGGCUUUUGUCUUCGGCUUGAUUUUCAAUGUGCUGACUUUGUACCCAAUAUGCCAGCAAGUAAAGCAGCAGAACGUUUUAGGGAUCUUCCUGCUCAACCUGUCAAUAUCUGACUUGCUGCUCAUUUUCACCACUCCCCUUUGGAUAAAUUAUUACCGGUGGAACCAUCAAUGGGGACUAGGUGUGGAGUCCUGCAGCGUAGCAGGAUUCUUCUACUACUCCAACAUGUACAUCAGCAUCUACUUGCUGUGUUGUAUCUCCGUGGACCGCUGCCUGGUGGUCUGUUACCCACUCCGCUUCAAGCACCACCAUACAUCUCGAUACGCAUGGGUCCAGUGUGUCGUAGUUUACGCUCUGGUUAUAAUCAUACACGUAUUCAUUCUGAAAAAUGACGAAUUAGUAGAUGUUCAUGACGACAUACACAACAGUGACCGUUGUUAUGAGACCUACCCAAUGAAGCGUAAUGUGGCCAUGUUUAAUAUGAUCAGAGUGGGAUUCGGCUUCAUUCUUCCACUGCUCGUGUUGGGAGUGAGCUACUGGAAGGUGCUGGCCACUGUGGGAAAAAGUCCCGGCCUGACUGCCCCAGCGAAGAGGAAAGUCCGUCUGCUGUCCUAUGGAGUAAUUGGCAUCUUCUCAGUUUGUUUUGCUCCCUAUCACAUCCUCCUCUUUGUGCGCUCAUAUGUCCGUUACUUCAACGAAGAAAAACUUCACUGUGCGUUUGAACGCCAGAUGCACUUCCCCUUCUCCAGCACUCUGGCAAUAUCCAGCCUGAACUGUGUCGUGGAUCCUGUGCUCUAUGUUCUGGUCAGUAAUGGUGCAAAAGAUAAACUGAAACUUUGCUGUAGAGGUCAAGAGCAGAGAGGGAUGGAGGACUGCAGGCUGACUCCCUAUAAAAAAGAAACAUCUAAAGAGAGUGAUUUGAUAUGAAGGGUAGACCGACUGUGAUGUAUUGUUUGUUUGCAUGUAUGUACAAUAUGUAUUAGCCCUGACGGCCUCAAUUACAGAGUAACUUAAAACUGCUCAGUCCUGUGAUACAGCUUGACAUUUGUGAUGUAAAGAAAUAAGAUUGUGUCAAAUGUUUUCAGAAACGUGUUCCCUCUUCUAUGUGACAUGUGAACCAAUUUAAUUCAACUGAAAAACCUGCAAAGGGGAAAACAUAAAAAGAUAAAAUAGCACCAAUAACCAUAUAAGUGCGCACACCCUUUCACUUGUUAUUAUGCAGCUUUUAGUGUACAUUUAAUCUGCCUAUACAUCUAUUAUCAAUUGUAGCUAAUCUGAUUGUGAAAAAAGAUCUGGUAGAUUCUGAAACCCUUUUUGAGGCAGAGUAACCAAAUAUUGGUUUGACAAGGGGUGUUGAGUCUUAACAGUGUUAUUGAAUCAAAAGGUGCUUUAGCAAAGUGUUAUUUAUUUUUGCAUACACAUGCAAACCACACCAGGCUGGUAAUAGUAUGUCAAGCAGUUUAGUAUUUUUGCCCAAGUAAAAGUUUAUUUUUUUAUUUUUAUUUUUCUUACUUAAACUGAAAAAGUUGAACUUGAUAAAUGUGACUGUACAUUAGAAAAAAAUGUUUGGAAAUAUUUCACUUACUAACCUCAAAAAUGUCCUGAACUUUUACCAAAUGUGUGACGCCUGUUUCUCCCACUCUGCACAGCAUGCAUAGAGGAAGAAGGCUGUAAGAUGUUUGUGUCUCAGAGCUCAGUAAUUGCUUUGUAGUCUUUUGGCUUAAUUGCUCUUGAGGCUUCUCUAAGUGGCAGACAAUUAUUGUUACACACUUACAUUGAACCAGCCUUUUUAUUUUAUUUUCAUUCUGUGCAUUUUGCACCACGCAAUUCUUGAAGUGUAAAUAAAAGCAUGCAUGCAAUUUCCGCCCCAAAUUAAUACUGAAACCCUUCAACUUUGGAGACCUGUUGCAUUGGAAAUAAACUAAAACCCUCUAGUUUGAACAAGUGCACAGUGUUGAGGUUGUUCAGUUUUUGCAGCUGGCAUUUUAAUAAUUUUCUAAUGAAGGUGAAAAACACUGCAAAGCCCAUAUGUCCAAGUACAUAAUCAUUAUCUUGCACAUAAAGAUAAUCAUAAAUCCAGCACAGCUGUGCCAUUGUGCGCCGCGCGUUUGUCAAGUAGGCGAGGAAAGUAAUCAGGAGGCAUGAGUGCAUCUGAGUGUGAAUGAGGCAUAAUUAUUUUCCCAUUUGAGCUGAUCAUUCGAAAAGAAGCAUGGUACAAAAAAAGGAAGAGAGAGAAGAAAGAAAGGAAAAGAAAUCAAAAAAGUAAGACAGGAAAGUUUAUGGACUUAUCAAAUUUUGGUAUCUUUUUCAAGAAUUCUUCUAAGUUUGAAAUAUUCCAUGUUAACCAGGAUACAAGAGAACGGCUGAGACAAAGUGACAUAAACACACGUAACGUGUUCGCGGGAUACAAUACUCAGUAUGACUAAUCAGACACACCGCAGACUUGUAUUUAUAUACAUGUCACUUGUGAUUUAUUGUCUCUUCCUUUCUGGCUUCCAAGGUGUUUGUUAAACCUUGCCGCCUAAUCUAUGUGUGAAAAACAGCUUUUUGAGCUUUUAUUCUUGCAGAAUGCAUGAAUUUAAAAUUAUACUUCUGUGGAGGAAGUAUAAUUUCCUUAAAAAAACGGAAGAGUUUUUAGUCUUACGUUGACAUGCCUUUAUCACUUUCAAUAAAUAAGACCUUUGAUAAGAGUUUACACUUGUAGCCCUAGGUAACUUGAAUGUUGUAUAAGAAGUGAACAUGACGUAAUAAAUCUUCCACUGGCUGAGACUGA